AUGUCGCAAAACUACUGUAAUUUCGUUAGAGUCUCUGGAAUGGCCGCCUUAUACCUUUUCCUCCUCAAUGGCUACCUCUUUUGGUUAUUAUGGUCGAUGUCCAGCAUCAGCAAGAUCACUCAGUAUGGGCUCGGGAAAGUUCAUACUGACACAAUCAUGAACAGGAAUAGCAAGACUAGCAACACCCUCUUUGCCAAUGUCCUACUUGCCAACACGCCACAAACCGUCAUGUCGCUGAUUUACUUCAACUUCAACGCUCUAUUUACAAGCAUAUCCCUAAUUACCGAGUGGGACAGGUUUGGGAAAGAGCAGAAGGGUCUGAGAGUAUCUUCUCACCGGCAAGGUGAUCAGCGGCAGGCAUACUUCCUACAACUUCCGUAUCGAUACUCCCUUCCGCUCACUGUGUUCUCCGGCGCGAUGCAUUGGCUCAUUUCCCAAAGCCUAUUCCUGGUGAACAUAGAGAUCUGGGAUUCUCACGAUAAGAAGAUCGACAGUGUUACGUCCUGCGGGUGGUCACCAAUUGGCAUCAUAUGCGUGGUUGUGACGGGUACGAUCAUGGCGGUGUUUCUUCUUGCAACAGGAUUUCGGCGUUUGCGUUAUGGCGGGAUUCCGGUGGCCGUCAGUUGCAGCGCUGCAAUAUCUGCGGCUUGCCACCCAGCACCGGAUGAAGAGCCAGAAAUGUGGACAAAGGCAUUGCGCUGGGGUGUUGUGUCUGAACCUGGUUCUGAGGUCCCGCAUUGCUCUUUCUCAAGCAGAGAUAUCGGCGACCCUAUUGAGGGGAUGAGAUACGAAUGA